AUAGUUUAACACACAAAUCAUUGAGAGCGCCCUGAGUGUGAGGAGACGAGCUAUUGUAUUCUGUACAAUAUAUUCACUUUGUUUACACACGACGUGCUGUGUUGUGACAUUUCUGUGUUUUCUUCGUUCUUUUCGUUUGGGAUUUUGAGAGUGUCGGACGCCAUUCGCCAUUAUGGAGGAAAUGCAAUGUAUUGUUUGCGGUAUCAAAUUCGUAUCUCAUACCACCUUCCUCUAUCAUGCCAAUUUGCACAGUCUAGAAUCAUUUUCGAAUGCAGCUAGAGAUCUGCAUUUGGACUUUGCUAUAUUAGAACAAAAGAGAUUUUAUUAUAGAUACAUUCAGUAUCUAUAUGACAAGCAUCCAAUACAAAUUAAAAUUGUACUUAUAUCGAUGAAUUUACUGGACAUAUUCAAUGAUCUUUGUUACCGAUUCCGGGUGCAGAUUACAAAAAUCUUCAAAUUUAUUUGAUUGGGAAUGAAAACGAUGAAUUGAGUCAGCAGUGUACGAUAGCGAAUAGUAGAAGAAGAGAAAUAAUUGGCGAGCUAUAGAAAAUGUUCCAUGAGCACAACGAAUUGAUUAGACGAUUUGAAAUUGCACUUGAUCGUAUGCCCACUGAUAAUCACAGGAUUGUUAUUCGUGCGGAUAAAAGACCUGUUGGUGACGACGCCAGAAGAUUUAAUGCACCGGCAUUUGAUAGUAAUGAUGUGGCCAUUGUUAUUGUUGGUGCUCAAUUUGAACCACGUGACAUUGUUCUUAAACGUCGUAACGAUAUAUUGCACCGUAUAUCUGAAACUCAUCGUUCAUAUGAUGCCUUGCAGUAUCCAAUAUUAUUUCCAUAUGGAGAAGAUGGUUAUCAUUUUAAUAUCAAAAUGAAAAAUCCUACAACAGGUGUGGAUGUAAUUAAAAAGGUCAGCGCAAUGAAUUACUAUGGCAAUCGAUUAAUGCUUCGAGAAAAUGAAGACAAUUACAUUGUGAAAGGCCGUCAUUUAUUUCAUCAAUUUGUUGUUGACAUGUAUGCCAAAAUCGAAACCGAACGUUUAAAUUACAUUAGAUUUAAUCAGCAAAAAUUGCGUUGUGAUGAAUACAUACUGAAAUCAAAGUUUUGCGAAUGAUUUCAGGAGUAUCGCGAAGAGACCAAUGGGAAUAUCGUAUAAGAAACGAGAGAAUUUGAGAUGAAGUUGUAAGAAUGUCGAGACUGAGAUGGUUUGGACAUGUCCAGCGUAUGGGUGAUUUGCGUUUACCAAAGAAGAUUUUGUAUGCCGAAGCAGAUGGACCGAGAAACAGAGGAAGACCCCGUAGACGUUGUGAUUUGAAUGUUAGAGGGUAUGAUUGGUGUAGAGAAACUCAAGACCUGGCUCUCAAUAGGGAAGUUUGGAGAGGAAUUGUUAGAGGAAUUUGAGUCUAGUCGUUUCGUAAAAAACCACACACCGAAAGGUACAAUCGGUCUAUAAAUGAUUGUUGUUGUUUGUUGUUGAUGAAUACAUACAUUUACGUGAUGCUAUAAUUAAUGAUGGUUACACCAAUGGUUAUAUUGCCAUCAUCGUGAACAGAUAGUCCACGGCAUAUGCAAGAAUAUUCGCAGGAUGGAAUGGCAUACGUAUGGCGUGAUGGUCGACCGGAUUUAUUUACUACUUUCACUUGCAAUCCGAAAUGGACCGAAAUAAGUGAUCAUCUAUUGCCCGGCCAAUCACCAAUAGAUCGGCAUGAUAUUACAGCACGUGUAUUUGGACAAAAACUGAGGUCUUUCGUGGAUUUUAUUGUGAAAUAUAAAGUUUUUGGUGAAGUUCGCUGUUGGAUGUAUUCCGUGGAGUGGCAAAAGAGAGGUUUGCCUCAUGCGCACAUUUUAAUUUGGUUAGUCAAUAAAAUAACAUCAGAACAAAUUGAUAAUAUCAUAUCAGCAGAAAUACCUGAUAGAACAAUUGAUCCAGAAUUAUUUGAAAUUGUCACAAAAAAUAUGAUUCAUGGUCCGUGUGGUGAUAUGAAUCGAAAUUCUCCGUGUAUAUUCCAAACGUUACCCAAGGUUAUCCAUUAUAUCGUCGUCGCGCUAUCGAAAACGGUGGAAAAACGGUUGUUAUAAAAAUGAAUAAUCAAGACAUUGAAAUGGAUAAUCGCUGGAUCGUACCAUAUUCGCCAUUGUUAUCAAAAACUUUUAAAGCCCAUAUAAACGUUGAAUACUGCAAUUCUGUCAAAUCAAUAAAAUAUAUUUGCAAACACAUAAACAAAGGAAUCGAUAUGGCCGUUUUUGGUGUUGUAAAUGAAAAUAGAAAUGAUGAAAUUCCUCAAUAUCAACUAUCAACAAUCGGCAUUAUUCAUUUAUACAGAUGAUGGUAAAACCAAAAAUAUUUUUUUUUUCUUUUUAUUUGGAAAUGUAUGGUAUAUGACUACAAUCAACAGAACCAAAGCCCUCUUACAGAUCAUAAUCACGAGAUAAUAAUUUUGGGUUUUUAAUAUUAAUAAAUAAUUGAUUUAAAAUAAUAAUGGUGAAAGAAUGGUAGAAUAAUAUGAGAGUAAACUGUUUUAAGUUGAUAAUGAUAAAAGAAAAAAGAAAUAUAGUAUAUAAAUGAGGAAAUGUAAUUUAGUUGCAUUAGGAAGUCAUAACCUAUCUGAAAUUAGGCCAUAGUUCAUUUGGUAACGAUGAAUUGAUAGCAUGUUUAGAACGAGUCAACGAAUUCUCCAGUAGGUCAAUGUCAGAAAAAUGAUCAUUAUGUUAUCUUUUUAAUCUUAGAGCGCGGGAGAAAUACUCAAUAUUCGUUGUGACUGCCGGUACAUAGAAAAUAGAUGUGAAUCUGGUUACUCUAGCAGGAACAUUUAUAUAUUAUUAUAUAUUGUAUAUGAAAGAGCACUUGAAUAAUAAAACUGAUUUUGAAAUGAC